AUGGCUUUUCCAAUCAUCAAUGGCACCGAAGUGAUGAUUCCACCUCCCGACGGUUGGGUUGUGAACUUCACUCAUCCCUACCGCGACGAAUCGACCAAGACACAUGUACUGUGGGCAUUCGGGAUAGAGUUUCCCAUCGCAACGUUGUUCCUAAUUCAGCGAAUAUACACAUCAUGGUUUGUGCUGCGGAAAGUCCGAAUCGAUGACUACAUAAUAGUUGUUGCAUGGGGAUUCCUGGUGGCAACGCAAGUGAUGAUGCUACACCUCUGGCGCCUCGGACUGGUAGGACUUCAUGGCUGGGAGCAGUCUUUGGACAAAAGCAUCUACAUGACACAGAUCAUCACAGCGUUGACAUUGACCGCCAUCGUUGGGACCGUUCUGGCCAAAUUGACAUUGUGUAUCUUCUACUACCGACUGUCCCCUGUCCGUUGGUACCAGUACGGCAUAUUGUUCACGGGCUUCCUGUGCAUCGCUUGCUUCGGAUCAGUCUGGUUCGCAGUACUGUUCGCGUGCCGCCCCGUGGCGGCGGCCUGGAACCUCAGGCUGUACACGGGGGACAACUGCAUAGCGCGGCCGCCGUGGUACAUGCUCCAGGCGAUCGCGGGCGGCGUGACGGACCUCCUGCUCAUGGUGCAGCCGAUCCCGACCGUCCUGCGGCUGCAUAUGUCCAAGAAGCACAAGGCCGCCCUGGUCGCCUGGUUCGGCAUCGGCAUAAUAACGCUGGCCGCGGCCGUCAUGCGGCUGGUCAGUCUCCUGUCCAUGAUCGACAGCCCCGACGUCCCGUGGACCAUGGCCGAUGCCAUGCUUUGGUUGGUAGUAGAAUCCAACCUGAUCGUCCUCUGCGGCUGCCUUCCCACAUUCCGAGUGUUCCUCAGCCACAUGUUCUCGACCCAGAAGAAGAACGGCACCAGCGGCGGGGGAUCCGGACCGUCGUCGGGCAAGGUUUCAAAGGACAGCCACGUGCUGCGGACGUUUGGCCAGGGCAAGAGCCGGCGCUUCGACAGCAUCGCGGAGAUCGAGCACGGCGAUCACCGCUUCAGGUCCGACAACUACCACGUGGGCGUCGAAGCCUACGGAUCCGGCGACGCGGGGCCCAUGGCGGACUCGGGCAGCGAGGAGGUUAUACUGCAGACGCGGACGGCCACCAUCUCUUACUCGAAAUGA